AUGUCAAAAAAGAGUCCAGGCGGCCCCGUCAGUAGCUUGUUGAAGUAUCCUCAAGACUCGCGGCAGCAGAUCUUUGCUGUAAAUACAAUAGAAGGAAAACCCAUUGGAGAAGGCGCAUUGGAGAAAUUUUCUGUUCAGUAUAGCGACAUUAAUGUUUUUGAUUUGUAUGCAAUUGUCUUAAAUAUUGUCAAAGUUAUAAUGAAACUACCAGUUGGACAUACAAAAACAGAAGCUCUGAAGGAGAGGUUGAAAGAAUCUCUAGUGCUUGAGCCGUGUAUCUGCAUUGAAAUGAUUUUAAGCAAUGGUUCUGUAAUUGUAUUUGAACUUUCUAUGGCCAAAUUUCAUUAUUUGCGAUAUAAUGUUGCAACAGUUUUGAAAGAAAUGGAAAGUUUGCAAAAUAGAAGACAUGUGAAAGGAGCUGUAUGA